AUGAUCGAUCUAGGUUUGGCCCGCGUCGCGGCUCUGUUGCGGCAUACACCACAGACAUGGAAGGCCAUCCACGUAGCUGGAACAAAUGGAAAGGGGUCGAUAUGUGCCUACCUGACAGCCAUGCUCCGAGCCAACCGCAUAUCCUGCGGCAGGUUCAAUUCACCACAUCUCAUCGACAGGUGGGACUGCAUCACCAUCAACGAUAGCGCUGUAUCUGAGAACAAGUUCCGCUACUUUGGGGAGCUAGUCAAGAAGAGGAAUCAAGACCACAAGCUGGGCGCAAGCGAGUUUGAGCUGCUUACGGCCACGGCCUUCGAGAUCUUCGAGGCCGAAAAGGUCGAGGUCGGUGUGAUCGAGGUUGGCCUUGGCGGACGACUGGAUGCAACCAAUGUGUUGAAGCAAAAAUCUGUCACCGUCAUCUCCAAGAUAGGCCUCGACCAUCAGUCGUUCUUAGGCAAUACUCUCGAAGAGAUCACCCUUCAGAAAGCUGGAAUCAUGCAGAAAGGGGUGCCGUGUGUGGUGGAUGCCCGCAACCCAAAAUCGGUUCUGGAUGUCGUCCAGCAACAUGCCAACGAAACUGGCGCCAGUCUCCAUUUCGCGGAUCCGGGGUCCAGCAAGAUCAUGGUUGAGAUAGGAGACGAAUUCGAGCCACACCAGUGCCAGAAUCUUGCUUGUGCUUAUGAGGCUUUCCGCCUGGUAUAUCCACACUACGCUGGCUCCACUGGGGGUCUUGUUUCCGCCAUCAAAGCGGCGGUAUGGCCUGGUCGGCUACAACCGCUCAACAUCAAACGCCUUACCGGCAGGACGGAGGAUGUGCUAUUGGAUGGUGCGCACAACCCCCAGUCAGCCGAUGUUCUCUCAGCUUUUGUUGAGAAACGGCUUCGUGUCGGGGCCGAACCAGUCACAUGGGUUCUCGCUGCGUCUGAGGGAAAAGAUAUUGGCGAAAUCCUACGUUUGAUACUCCGACCAGGUGACAACGUUGUAGCCGUCGAAUUCGGCCCUGUCGACGGCAUGCCCUGGGUGAGGCCAAUGAACUCAGGCACCAUCCUCCAGCGAGUGAGAGAGUCAGGCGUUGCAGUCUCGACGCAGCACAGUGCACUCAAAAGUCUAUCAUCUGCACUCGAUUGGGCAAGCAGAACAGCCGAAGGGGGCCCCUUGGUUAUUGCUGGAAGUCUCUACUUGAUUUCCGAUGUUCUCAAGCUCCUGCGGGCAAAGGGCAUCCAAAGUCGGGUACCAUAG